CGAGCUAAGUAUGCUUUAAUUCUACGUAGAAAUUUUUUUCUGGAUCCCGUAAAAGUGAACAACACAAAUCUUUGACGGCACUAAAGUACAAAAAUUUACUUAUGAACUCAAAUUAAUAAAAAGAACUUCAAACUACUUAUAUAAAUGAACAGAAAGGCAAUCUGAUCAAAACAAAGAUUCCUUGGAUGAUAUUCUCUGUCGUCAAUGGAUUCCAAAAAAACCUUCGAAUGCCCCACUUGUUCAAAAACUCUAUCAACAAAGAAGAAUCUGAAACGGCAUAUUGUAACUCAUGGCGCGUAUACUAACGUCAAGUGUCAGAUCUGUAGAAAACUGUUCAAAAAUCCUGCCGUGCUUGAGUCGCAUGUGACAAGAUCGCAUUCAUGCCAACCAAAACUGGUUUGCAGUGUUUGUUGCAAAGAGUACGGCACGCGGCAAGAUUUACAAAGACACUUUAACGCUAAACACAUCUCAACGCCACGACCACGAUACCCAUGCAAAUUCCCAGGCUGUGGUAAAACAUAUCUGGAGAAAUCCACUGCGACCCAUCAUUUUCAACUGGAGCAUGUUCAAAAUCUUGUCCGAUUCCCUUGCCCACUUUGUGAAAAGGAAUUUAAAGACAAGGCAUAUGUAGCUAAACAUAUAGCUAUUCAUACAACAGAGAAAAGCCACAAAUGCGAAAUUUGCCAGAAAUCAUUCGUAGAAGCGGUUUCUUUAAAGAACCAUAAGCAGAUACACCAGGAGAAAUCUGUCCGACCUGUUUUCGCAUGUACUUUUUGCCUAGACUCGUUUCUAAGCUACGCUGGAAGACGGGAUCACAUACAGACUUAUCAUAAACGGGAAAAAUACCCGUGUAGUUUAUGCGACAAAAUAUUUUCGAGCAAGAGUGGUUUGAGACAACACAAGAUUGCGAAACAUUCAAAAAAUGAGAAGGAUUAUCAUGCCUGCAACAAAUGUGAGUACAAAAGUUGGUUAAAGUCCCAGAUUACUAUGCACAAUAGACGGAAGCAUGGAGGCUUGAAAUCGAACAAAUGUUAUUUUUGCGGAAACAAAUUUUUCAAAUUUAGUGAAUUGGUAAGACACUGUUGUCGCAGACAUACACUUGAGAAAUGUUAGAAUGUCCAAGUUCUUGUGGCAUGAUGUAUUUUCAACUAUUUUUCGAUUA